AUGAAAUUUGAAGUAAUAAAUGAAGAUAGUUUAUAUCAAUGUAAUGAAAUUGAUAAUAAUAGUCACAUUGUUAUUAAAGGUAUUAGAAAAAAAUGGGAGGAAAUUAAAUUAGAUUAUCAGUUAUGGGAUUUUAAUUUAAUAACAACUGUUGAUGAAUCAGCCAAACUUAAACUUAAUGCACGACGUAAAAACAGUGAUGAUGAUCGUAUAACAAUUAUAACAUUUACUAAUAUAGCAAAAAUGUUUUUUUCUAAUCAAAAAAUGAAAGAUAUUGAUACGAAAAAUAUUACUUUUACCGAUGGUACAACAGCAUUUGGUUCCACAUUUCAAUUAGUUAUAAAACAAUAG